GGCAAGCGAGGUCACAGAGGCAAGACCGGGUUCACAGGCUUUCCGGGACCUCAGGGACCGCCCGGUGAACCCGGCGAACCCGGACUACGGGGAAUGAAAGGCUCGCUGGGACUUCCCGGACAACAGGGACCCAAAGGAAGUCCUGGUGUGCCUGGCAGAAACGGCCUCGACGGAAUCCCUGGAAAAACUGGCCCACCUGGAAAUCCCGGUCGUGACGGCGAGCCAGGAGAAGCGGGAUUACCCGGUACACCAGGUAUGAUUGGACCACCGGGACUUCCCGGUCCCCCGGGAGAACCAGGAAUUAUCGAAGGAGGCGGUAGUGGAGAAGGGUUUCCAGGACCGCCGGGCCCUCCAGGUGGCGUGGGUCCAAUGGGAAUGCAAGGCCCGCCAGGAAUCAAGGGAGACAGAGGUCCCACAGGUUUAAAGGGUGACCAGUUGCCAUCUUCUGUUGGGUUACCUGUAAGUAUUUCCUUGCCAUCAUCUGUUGGGUUACCUGGUCCUAUAGGAAUACCCGGGGUUCCGGGACCUCCCGGGCCGCCAGGGGUCGCUACAAGUGACGACGCCACCUGUCAAUGUUCCAAGGGAGACAAGGGCGACAGGGGACCUUCG